CGUGGCCAGGCCCGGUCCGGCCGGAAGAAUGAGGCAAGGCCGCCGCCGCCGCCGAGGACCUGGAUUCCAAUCCUGCUCCUCGCCCGGAUUCCCGGGUGACCUUGGGCGCGUCACCCGAGUCUCAGUUUCCCCGGGGCUAGACCGAGAGAUCUCGAAGGCGCCGUCCGGCCCCAGCUCUCCCUGACGACGAAAAUCCUGAGUUCCCACAUGUUACGAACUAUCGGACGCCAUCGAUGUGUUGGCUUUGCUGAAUUGCUUUUUUCCUCCUUUUUUAUUUGGGAUUUAUAAGGUAUCUAACGAGGGAAAAGCAUAUGUGUGUUUCAGAAAUUAAGAUUUCUUCAACCCUUGAGAUUGUUGGAGACACCCUGGGGAUAGAGUGAAACGAGAGUUGGGAAUCGCUUGGGCAAGACAAAGAGCUGCUUGUUCUCCGCCAUAUCAGUUGAUUCCGGGAAGAUGACUGGCCUCUCACAAUAACACAUGUUACUGAAUCUUAUCACUUAAAUUGACACUCCAAAAAAGGAUGGCUUUGAAUAAAUCAAUGCAUGCAAGAAACAGGUACAAGGAUAAGCCUCCUGAUUUUGCGUAUCUGGCAUCCAAGUACCCAGACUUUAAGCAGCAUGUCCAAAUAAAUCUGACUGGAAGAGUAAGUCUUAACUUCAAGGACCCUGAAGCUGUCCGAGCUUUGACUUGCACUCUUUUAAAGGAGGACUUUGGACUUUCCAUUGAUAUCCCAUUGGAAAGGCUCAUUCCUACAGUUCCACUGCGACUCAACUAUAUCCACUGGGUGGAAGAUCUGAUUGGCCCUUGGGAUCCGGCCAGGAGUGCCCUCCGCCGAGGGAUUGACAUCGGUACAGGAGCAUCUUGCAUCUAUCCUUUACUUGGAGCAACUCUCAAUGGCUGGUAUUUCCUUGCAACAGAAGUGGAUGAUAUGUGCUUUAAUUAUGCUAAGAAAAAUGUGGAACAGAAUAAUUUAUCUGAUCUCAUAAAAGUGGUUAAAGUACCACAGAAGACACUCCUAAUGGAUGCUCUUAAAGAGGAAUCUGAGAUCAUUUAUGAUUUUUGCAUGUGCAACCCUCCCUUUUUUGCCAACCAGUUGGAAGCCAAGGGAGUAAACUCUCGAAAUCCUCGUAGGCCUCCCCCAAGUUCUGUAAACACUGGGGGUAUCACUGAAAUCAUGGCAGAAGGAGGGGAAUUAGAGUUUGUCAAAAGAAUUAUCCAUGACAGUUUGCAGCUGAAGAAAAGACUGAGAUGGUACAGCUGCAUGCUUGGAAAGAAAUGCAGUCUGGCUCCAUUGAAGGAGGAGCUUCGGAUACAAGGGGUCCCCAAAGUCACCCACACUGAAUUCUGUCAGGGGCGCACAAUGAGAUGGGCUUUGGCUUGGAGCUUUUAUGAUGACGUGACUGUGCCUUCACCUCCAUCUAAGAGAAGAAAACUAGAAAAGCCUAGGAAGCCCAUUACAUUUGUAGUAUUAGCAGCCAACAUCAAAGAAUUAUUCCUCAAAGCUUCUGCUGUGGGCUCCGAGACUGUGGAAGGCAUAGCAGUUAUUACAACAUGGCUUGAAAAAAUCCUCACUGAUCUGAAGGUCCAGCAUAAACGCGUGCCCUGUGGAAAAGAAGAAUUCAGUCUAUUCCUAACAGCCAUAGAAAACUCUUGGGUUCAUUUAAGGAGGAAGAAAAGAGACAGAGUAAGGCAAUUGAGAGAAGUUCCUCGAGCCUCCGAAGACUUCAUUCAAGCUAUGGAAGAGGAGAAACCUGUUCCCAAAGAGAUGGAAAUUAACCCAGAUUGCACCAAGUGCCCUGAUGAGAGCUCCCCCUCCAGGCCUGCCAUGUAUGGAGCCGAACCAGCUGUGUCUGAAAGUCACCACCCAGAUAAUAGCCAAGACCCAAUGGAGGAGGAAGGGCCUGAGAAAAAGGGAAGGACAGAGGUUUUAGAAAGUGUUAGGGGCUCUUUCUGUGCCACUGAGGAGCUAGAUUCUCUUGAAGAAGUUGCCAAUACAGUGGCUGAAAGAGAGAAGAAUUCUCAAGGGGCUCCUGGACAUUAUCUGUUUAAGUGUUUAAUAAAUGUCAGGAAGGAGGCAAACGAUGACGCAGUGGUAGAGAUGCAUUGGGUUGAGGGCCAGAACAGGGACUUAAUGAACCAGCUCUGUACGUAUUUACGCAACCAAAUUUUCAGGCUUGUUGCUAGUUAGCCACAAACAAAUUCCUGGCACAGCUGGUCAGUCAGAUGUAAAGCAGCUUGCCUUUUAGAACUUUUUUUUUUACUAAUUCAGGGGAAAAAUCAAUGACACUAGCACGAAUUUUUUUUUAAGACAAUUUCAGUGAGUCAACCCUGGGCUGGAUUUUUUUGUUUUGUUUGUUUAGAUGCAGGGAAUCGCUGUGAAGUGACAUCGAAGGAAAUGUCCUGGAUGUUGGUAACAAUAAAAAGCUACCAGGAGGCUGGGACUGUGGACGGA